CCUCCCCUCUUCCACAGUGGCGACUAUCACGACCAAUCAACAACCAACCAUCUCAGCCUCAACCAGGAAACGGCCAUCGUACCUAAGAAACGCCAAACGAACCGUAAGACAUGCAUGGAAGCGGAAAAGUCGGGGGAAGGUGCCGGCCAAGGCCCUAGAACAAUGUCAUGUAUAACAUCCAACGUCGCGUGCGCUGUCCAGCCACCCAAAAGAAGAAAGGAACAAAAGCCACGAUGCCAAGGCGAUCUCGGUCUGGCCAAUCAUCACGGCCAAUUCAUCUAGCGACGGGAGGUGGGGUUUGGGGAUUGGGGGCGGGGAGCUCCACACGAUGCCAUUGUGGCUUGCUUUACCUCGUAAGUUUAUUAUGCUCCUUCGUAGGGGGGUCAGGGAUCUCAUUGCAUUGGCAAUUUCACGUGUUUAGAUUGCAUUGGAAAUUGCAUGUUAGGAAUGUAGAAAAGGUUGGAUUAUUACGACUAGACUAUAGCUUCCAUGAUAGCUCUGGAAAUUGCACGAUUUGGCUAUUAUGAACAAGACUCUCAAAUACGGUGGGUAGAGCUGGUUUCCCAG